AUGAGUGAAGGGUCCGGGGGUCACUGGGCCUGCUGGGCCUGGCAGGGGGGAGGGCUUCGGGAGUCACUGUGCCUGGCAGGGGGGAGGGCUCCGGGAGUCACUGGGCCUGCUGGGCCUGGCAGGGGGGAGGGCUCCGGGAGUCACUGGGCCUGCUGGGCCUGGCAGGGGGGAGGGCUCCGGGAGUCACUGGGCCUGCUGGGCCUGGCAGGGGGGAGGGCUCCGGGGGUCACUUGGCCGCCUGCUGGGCCUGGCAGGGCUCCGGGGGUCACUUGGCCUGCUGGGCCUGGCAGGGGGGAGGGCUCCGGGGGUCACUUGGCCGCCUGCUGGGCCUGGCAGGGGGGAGGGCUCUGGGGGUCAUCUGGCCGCCUGCUGGGCCUGGCAGGGGGGAGGGCUCCGGGGGUCAUCUGGCCGCCUGCUGGGCCUGGCAGGGCUCCGGGGGUCACUUGGCCUGCUGGGCCUGGCAGGGGGGAGGGCUCCGGGAGUCACUGGGCCUGGCAGGGGGGAGGGCUCCGGGAGUCACUGGGCCUGCUGGGCCUGGCAGGGGGGAGGGCUCCGGGGGUCAUCUGGCCGCCUGCUGGGCCUGGCAGGGCUCCGGGGGUCACUCGGCCUGCUGGGCCUGGCAGGGGGGAGGGCUCCGGGGGUCACUUGGCCGCCUGUUGGGCCUGGCAGGGGUGA